AAGUGUAUUUAUAAUAAUUUCUAUUAAUUGUUUGUUUUGAUUGUUAUUUUUCACAAUUAAAUUAUUGUUUAUUUUUUCAUUGAUAUCGACGUUAAAUGUCAUUGAAAUCAUUGAAAACCAUUGAUCGAUACAAACAAUCAAUUGAAGAGCACUUUUAACAAACAUUUAAAGACAUUAAUACUUAUAAAACAUAUUCAAUACAAUCAUUUCACACAUAAUUUAGUUUUUUUUGACAAUAAUUUAGUUGUUUAGUCAAUAAAACAAUAAAAUGAGCGCAGAUUCAGCUGAAGACGUAAAGAUGAGUUCAUCAAUAGAGGAUAGGGUGAUAAAUCUGUUGAACGAUUCGAUGACUACCACCGAUGACAACGAAAAGGUAACAAAUCUGCGCAAAGUUCAGGAAUUGGUUUUACAUAACGACUUGUUGGACAACUUCUUGGACGAAAUUCUUGGCUUUCAAAACGACAGAGACAUUGAUGUCAGACGUUUUGUGGUCGGCUUUAUAGAGAGCGCCUGCAAGAAGGAUCCCGAGUACUUCCCAAAAGUUAUUAUGAAUUUAAAGGUUAUGUUAGCAGACGAUAGCUCUAAUGUCAUCAAAAAGGCCAUACAGACGGCCACUCAGUUAUAUAAAGAGUUUCUUAAAUGGAUUUGCAAAGGAAAGAUCAACGAAUUGGUUGAAUCAGUUUAUGAGGAAUGGCUUCAAAUAAAAUUACAUUUGUUUGGACUGUUAGACAAUGCAGACAACGAUGGCAUCAGAACACAGGCCAUCAAAUUCAUGGAAAUGAUUGUCAUUUGUCAGACACGUAAAGACCAGUUCACUACUGGCGAUGACUUUAAUUUGGACUCAAUGUCUUCGAGUCAAUUGAUCGAUUUGGACGCACUCGAAGAAGAGGCCAAACAAGUGUUUGAACAGUUGAUUAUAUUUCACGGAACACCUCAUAUAUCUAGUGUUAACUUAAUGGCAACAAUGCAGACAUUGACACUGAUUUCUAAACAGCGAUCGCAACUGUUUAUGGCAAAAGUGAUACAAGCGAUGGAAGCACUUCACGCCAAUCUUCCGCCAACUUUAGCCAAAUCUCAAGUCAAUUCAGUUCGCAAACAAUUAAAACUUCAACUUUUGAUACUUUUAAAACAUCCCAUGUCUUGGGCAUCGUCGACAUUUCAGACACAAAUUACUCAAUUGUUAAUAGAUUUAGGCGCCUCUCAGUCGGAGAUUUAUAGAUGUCUGAAUGAACACAGAAAAAGAGCCAUAAAAAUGGAGCCCAAAGAUGUCGAAGUAAAGCGAAUUAAAUUGGAAUCCGACGAACUCGACGAUGAAGAUAAUGAACCGCCGCCUGUAAUUCCAUCAGCAAAGAUCACUAAGAAUGAGGCCAACACUGCCAUUGAUAUUACGGCUGAGGAUAUAAUUCCUCGUUUGAAUAUCGAUAAUGUCUGCGAUUUAGUUCUUGUAUCUUUAUUAGCACUUCCCGAUUCUAUGCCACACCAUUUUCAGGCCACAUACACACCAGUGGCUGCCGCCGGCACCGCGUCUCAAGUCAAACAUUUGGCCCGUCUUUUAUCCUCACAAUUAACAGCCCAAGGAUUGGGAAAAGGGGUACAAGAAAUGGUAGAAAAAAUGACAAAUUUAUCAAAAGCCCAAUUGAGUGACGAACAAACUGUUGAACAAAAUCAGAAAAUAGCGACAAUUAUUGGUAAAUCAAUAGCUCAAGAGCUAAAGAAACAGGAACAGUUACAAUCACAACAACAACAACAGCAGCAGCAACACCAACAACAACAAAAAGUAAGACUACAACAAUCAGGUAAACAGUUGAGUGGAGGCGUUAAAUUGAAACAAUUAAAUUUGGCUGAAAUUACUAAACCAUUGAAUGAAGAGGUGAAGAAUCAGAUGGCUUUGGAUGCCAUCAAUCGGAUACUAAAAGAAGAUAAAAAAUAUUUCUUUUCGACGACACAGUUAGAGACCAGAAUUAAGAUAUUAGCGAUGCUUUCGUGUGAAUAUAACGAUACAUCCAAUAUUGAAUCAUUGAUAAGAAACUAUGCAUUUGAAGACAUCCGAAAUCGACACGAAAUCCUAUUCAAUGCACUCUAUAAUGAGUUUGUUUUUGCCAAAAAACGUGACAACGAUUUUACCCAUUAUUCAGUCUAUUUGACAAAAUUAUUACAAGACUUGAUGACAAAAACAGAACUCAAAGAUCGCGACCAUUUUCUCACUAAGUUUUACUCUGAGUGUCCACUUUUGACCGUACAGUCCAUUGAUUUAUUAAAACAUUUUAUUUUAAGCGACGAUAUGUAUACACUGAGUGUUAGCACCGGUAUUAAUAUAUUGAAAGAUUUAAUUGAAACUAAAAGAAAACAUGCCAUCAAACUAAUAUCACUAUUACUUGAGCUGUGUAUUCAUCCCGAAAAGUCUGAUGUUAGGUCACAUUCAGUAAAGACCGCCAAAUAUUUAUAUGAAACUUAUAAUAAUGAUAGCAUUAGACAACCAAUCGAAGAGUUUGCAUUGAAAGCUCUCCGAUAUCUCUUAGAACCUCAACCUCCGGCAGUUAUAGACAAAGAAACUACUGGCCUCUGGAACGACGACUUAAUUAAAUUAUGUCUUGUAUUGUAUUUAAGUCUUUUGCCAACAAGUCAUAGACAUAUUCAUGAUUUAGCCGUUGUCUAUGUAGGCACCAGUGCUGACACUAAACGUAUUAUUCUAAGAGUUCUCGAAGGUCCAGUCAAAGGAAUGGGAAUGAACUCUCCAGAACUGUUACUUCUAGUAGAGAACUGUCCAAAAGGUGCCGAAACAUUGGUGACUCGUAUUAUACACGUUUUGACCGAUAAACAGCCACCGAGUGCUGAACUAGUAUCCCGAGUCCGCGAUUUAUAUCAUAAGCGAGUGUCUGACGUCAGAUUUUUGAUACCAGUGCUCAAUGGUUUAUCUAAGGCUGAAGUUAUAGGAGCGUUGCCUAAACUUAUUAAAUUGAAUCCCGUUGUUGUCAAAGAAGUUUUCAAUAGACUUUUAGGAGCUCAUGUCGAGUCGGGAACCAAUUUUCAGAGUCCAUUAACUCCCGCUGAACUUCUUAUCGCAUUACAUAAUAUCGAUCCGACAAAAUGUGAAAUCAAGACUAUCAUCAAAGCAACCAAUUUAUGUUUUGCUGAGACAAACAUAUAUACGGCUGAAGUGUUAGCAGUUGUUAUGCAACUGUUGAUGGAAUCAAAUCCAUUGCCAACACUAUUGAUGCGAACAGUCAUUCAAAGUCUCUCACAAUAUCCACGACUAAUAGGUUUUGUUAUGAAUAUAUUGCAGCGAUUGAUAUUAAAACAGGUGUGGAAACAGAAGAAAGUAUGGGAAGGAUUCAUCAAAUGUUGUCAACGAACUAAACCACAAAGUUUUCAAGUGUUGCUCCAAUUACCGGGACCUCAGCUGAAGGCCGUGUUUGCCAGCAGUCCUGACCUACAGCCGGCACUUCAAGAGCACGUCAACACUUUUACAGACCAUCAGCGAUCACACAUACCUCAGUCGAUAUUAGAUGUCAUCUUUUUGUCCACUGAGAUAACCGGUGAACUACAGACCACUGAAGCAAAUGAAGAGACACCGACUAUUGGUAGUAAUAUACCCACAGAACAGACGGCAACCACUUAG